AGCCGCGCCAGCGCGAGUGCCGUGGCAGCCGGGCCGGGCGCCUGGCCAGCUCACCGCACCGCCCCGCGGCCGCCCCGCGAUGAUGGAGGAUCCUGGCACGGCCGCGGAGGCAUCCAGGAAGUCCACGGCCGCCUGCUCUGCCGCUGGCAGGGACAGAGCCGACAGCGUCGACGCAGAGUGCCGGAGCAGCGUCGCGGUCUCGGAGCAUUGGGAGGAUCCCGACGCAGUCCGGGACGCGGAUCCGGUCCUCGCGGAGACGGGCUACGGCGCCAUUUUGAAGAGCCUCGUCGAGGUCAGCCCGUUUUUCUUCCUGGCGGGCAUGGGCAUGGUCGCCUCAGGCGCCCUGUUCAACAACGCCCAGCAGCUGCAGGUGUUCAAGACCGUGCCCGCGCUCAACAGCCUAGUGCCCGCCCUCCUAGGCCUGAAGGGCAACCUGGAGAUGACUCUCGGUGCCAGGCUGGGCUCGCAUGCGAACAAGAGGGAGCUGGACGGUUCCGCUUUCUGGCCCAUCGUGCGCAACAACUUGCUCGCGGUGCAGUGCCAGGCCAUCAUCGUCGGGACUGCGGCUUCGAUCAUGGCGGUGGUGGAGGGCUUUGCCGCGACGGGCGUCUGGGACACCGACAGAGCCUUGCUGCUGACGGCCAGCGCCAUCACCGCCGCCAGCCUGGCCUCGCUGGUUCUGUCCUGCCUUAUGAUCAGCAUCGUCGUCGCGGCCACGAAGAAGGGUGUCGACCCCGACAACAUCUCCGCGCCCAUCGCCGGCAUGCUCGGGGACUUCUGCACCCUCGGCGUGGUGGUACUUGUGGCAAUGUUCUACUGGUCGCUGCACGCGAAGGCUCUUUUUCGCCUGUUCUUGGCCGGGCUGACAGCGGUCUACAUGGUCCUGGCAGCGUUCUGCUUCGCGGCGGCCUACAGAAGUGGUUACACAAGGGAGAUAAUGGUGUGGGGCUGGCCUCCGGUGAUCCUCUCGAUGAUGCUCAGCAGCUUGUCGGGGAAGAUAUCCGAGGCCUCCAUCAAGAAGUUCUCGACGUUUGCGCGGUUUCAGGUGGUCAUGAACGGCGCCGGCGGUAACCUCGGGGCGAUCUUUUGCUCCAAGUUGUCCACCGACCUCCUGGUGGCCCAGAGGGAGCAGACGCCCAAAGCGACCAGGCUCACGUUGCCAGGCCCUUCUCGGCUCAUGAGCAAGACGCUGCUGGAGGAGAGCCAGAUGUCGAGCAAGAGACUGCUAGACGAGGCCGGAUUGCCGAGAACGAGUCUGCCAGGCCCCUACAGGGCGCUGAGCAAGUCGCUGCCGUACAUGGGGCACCUCAAGGCGAUCCACUCACGGCCGCACCUGUGCGUCCAGACGAGCUGGGUCCACAUGGCCGACGAGAAGGACUACCUGUCGGGCUUCGCGAGCAUCAGCGCCCUGACGGGCGGCGGCGACAUGAAGCGCUUCGCCAGGAUGCUCCUGCUGCUGAUUCUGCCCGGGCAGGC